AUGCCAGCGCGAUCAUUUCAGGGCAUUCUGGGGCUGCGCCUUUUGGAAGAGCUUCUCCUCGAUGGGAACGAAAUUCAGAGUCUUGAAGGGAUUGAGUCACUGUGUCACUUGGAGUGUUUAGACAUUUCUCACAACCGCAUUAUUUCCUUUCCGCCAGGGAUGCAGCAGCUCAAGCGUUUGGUAUUCCUCUGUGCGGAGGGCAACAAACUGCAGCAACUAGAACAUUUGCAAGGACUCCCAGCGCUUACGCAGCUGUACCUCAACAGCAACAACAUUCAAGGCUUUCGACCGCUAAUGCACCUUUCCCGCUGUCCGUGCCUCCGUGUGCUAGACCUGCGCAAUAAUCCAUUAAGCAGAGAAGCAGAAUAUCGGCCCUAUACCCUUUAUCUCCUUCCAACGUUAAAAGUCCUAGAUGGAGUUGAACCAAAACAAGAAGAGACAGCAGAAGUCAGACAAGAGUUCGCAGGAAGGCUUACAAGAGAACUGUUGGAGCAAAUAAUAGGAGCCCCACUGCCUUGCCUCGAAGCGUCCGAACUAGUGGUAGCGCACAACAAGAUCGACCUUUCAGCAGGAGGCCUAGGAGGGGUAGACGGACCAGGAUUGCUGUCACUGCCAUUACUCGAGCGUUUAGAUCUAAGCCACAACUCACUGCGCAACUUGAAGGGCUUGGCAACAGCACCGCUCGAAAAUAUCCGAGUACUCCAGCUGAGGGGAAAUGGCCUCUCAAGGAAAGAAGGACUUCUCAACUGCUCUCAUCUAGAAGUUCUUGACUUGAGCGAUAACAGGAUCAGAAGGAUUGACCCUGACGGUUUUCAGGGUGUGACUGAAACGCUCCGUUGUUUAGUAAUGGAAAGGAACGGAUUGAGGUCGCUUUGCGGCCUCCCGCUUUUACCCAAUCUUGAGGAGUUGCGAAUUGCACAGAACAGAAUACCUGACUUUACGCAGAUCGAAUACCUUGUUCAGCUACCCAAGCUAAAACAAAUUGGAUUCCAGCAGAACCCUGCAUGUCAGCGCCGUCAUUGGCGUGCUGUCCUAGCUGAGCAGCUUCCUCAGCUGCAGACAAUCGAUGGUGAUAUCAUAUCACUAGAAGGUAUUCAGAGGAAACUGCCUGUAGGACAAACUGAAGCACUGCCUGCUCCUGAAGAGCUGCUACACCCUGUAUCUAGAUCUCUUCAUGACGAACCAGGGUCAUCAGGCGUAUUCCCUCAACAGCAGGCGCUGGAGCAUCAGCAGUUUCUUCUGCAUCAGCAACUUCAGCUGUCGCACCCCACGAAAUCGACAAAGGGCCGCUCGAUCGUGCAGUCAAAGCCUGAAGCACUCACGCCUGGAGGACUCCAAAAGAAUAGGCAGCCGCAGACUGUACCCGAGGUUGUCUCCCUUAAUCUUGGCAUUGUGGGUACAGGCGCCCCAGGGAUUUCUCCCAAUCCUGCCGGAGUUUCCUUGUUGUCUCGCCGCGACACUCAACCGGAAACUACAGGUAUAUAG